AUGAAUCACGAUUCAUCCAACCCAUAUGCUCAGACGCAGAGCUACGAAAUGGACAGUUAUGACAACAACGCCCACGGGCAGGACUUUAAUGACCUCCUCAAUGACAUGGACAACAACCUUGCGCAGUACUCGCAGCUCAUCAGAACAUUAGAGCAGCAGGAAUCCGCUUUGGUGAACGAGAUCAAUGGUGAGCGCGAAAAUCAGCUCACCCAGGAGACCAACCGCUUGCAGGCCCAGAUCCAGUCCUUGCAAGCGACCAUCCAGCCGCAGCUCCAACAGAUUUUGAACCAGUCCCAGAAGGAUGCGGGUAAGGCGGGCCAGGCGGAAUACUACAAGCAGAAGUUUGCGCAGCUCAUCAAGCAGUACCGGACGGUCCAGUUGGACUACAAAGAGAAGCAGAAGGGUGAGGCUGCCAGAAUGUACCGCACUAUCAAUCCAGCCGCGACCGACGAGGAGGUUCGUGACGUGGUCGAAGACUACUCCGGGAAGCAGAUCUUUGCGCAGGCUGCUUUGCAGUCCAACAGACGCGGUGAGGCACAGACUGCGCUCAACGAGGUACUCCAGAGAAACCGGGAUGUCGCGAAGUUGGAGAAGUCGUUGCAGGAGUUGUUGCAGUUGUUCACCCAGGUCGAGGACAUGGUUGCUGAGCAGGAUGUGCAAGUUCAGGAGGUGUACCAAAAUGUGAAGGUCGCGCAUGUGGACGUGGAGAAGGGUACCAAGCAGACCGAACAGGGUGCCGUCUACGCGAAGAAGGCGUGGAAGAAAAAGUGGUGGUUGUUCGGCGUGAUCGCGUUGAUCAUCAUCAUCAUCGUUGUGGUUGUAUUGUGCACGAAGUUGAUAAACAAGAGCUAA